AUGGCGGUGCUGAACCCGGCCUCGCGAAAAUACGGCAUGGUCGUGCUCGGAGCCUCCGGCUUCACCGGGACGAUGGUAUGCACACACAUCGCGGCCCAUUUUCCUACCAACCUCAAAUGGUCAGUGGCCGGCCGGUCACAAGAGCGUCUCGAAAGGCUGGCAGCUAAAUUGAAAAAAGAAUAUCCCGAUCGAGUGCAGCCAGACCUUGAGAUUGUCGCGCCAAAUGAUGCUAAGACACUCAGGGAGGUGAUCGGAAGAGCCAAGGUGUGCAUCAGCAGUGUCGUCUAUGCGGUCGACGGAGAUCCGAUCAUUGAGGCGUGCAUCGACCAGCGGACCGACUAUGUUGACUGCGCCGGUGUUCCCACUCUUGUCCACGACUGGGUCACCAAAUAUCAUGAGCAAGCUGAGGCAAACGGCGUUGCGCUGAUUCAUUCUUGCGGCGCCAUGACUGGAGAAAUGGAUCUUUUCGCCAUCCAUGCCUGCCGCGAACUCAAACAGAAAUGGUCGGCACGAAUGGGGAAGAUGACGUUGCGAGUUGAUGAUCUUGACCCUAAUGUAAGCGGCGGCACCAUGCGAACGAUGCUGUCAUUCGCGAGCGGAGGCCCGAAAGCAAUUGCGGCGGCUGGUCACCCGUCGCUGCUGACGCCGAUUCCUUACACGAAACCCAUCGACGCGGUCCGCGCAAUCCACACGGAUCCCGUGCUUGGAUUACUGACACUCUCUUCGCCGCCGGGCGACCAAGCGCGCACCCUCAUCAAUAGAUCUUGGGGUCUCCUGGGCGGUCCCGAAGGUAGCUGGGGUCCCAACUUCCAGUACAACGAGUACGAGAGGGCGCAGUCGUAUGUGGGCGCCGUCUUCAACUUGAUCCGCUGCUAUAUUAUUCUCACUGUGUUCUCGGGGGUGCAGUAUCCCUGGUUUUACAAUUUGUUGAUGCGCUUCGCACCGGACUUGGGUGUCGGCCCGUCUGAAAAGCAGAUCAAGAGCUUGCCUUUCACUGCGGCAGCUUUCGUUGAGGCCGACCCCGUUGAGGAGAAGAAUCGUGGGAAGGGGUGUCUCAUCAAGUUGAGUUACAACGAGGGAAACUACCCCUUCGCUGCCAUGCUCAUGGCCCAGGCGGGAGCCACGCUGUUGUACGAUAGGAACUUGUCAGCGGGUAUUAAAGGCGGAUGUCUGACGGCUGGGGUGUUAGGGCCGGACUUUGUGGAGAGGGCAAGGCAGGGAGGUCUCGAGAUCGAGACCACCAUGAUUGAAAAUCUCAAGCUCUGA